AUGGCCGUAGUGUCUAUUGCCUCUACGCCAAGUCGUCGCUUGCCCCAGGCCUGUCGAAGCAGUUCGACGCGCUUGAGAAGAACUAGAAACUUUUUGAGCAGCGUGUACGCCUCAAUCGGAGUAUCUGAAGUGUUCAACCGGCGAUCUGAAUCAAAAGUCCCAGUGCGUGCAAGAGGGCAAACAGAAACGACGAUAAAUGCACGCCAAGUUAGACAAGAAUUCGAGCCCACUUUUUAG